AUGCCUCCUCCACCAACUACCGACCCAAAGAUCAACACUCUUCUAUCGACCAUCCAGUCGGAGAAGAGGAAUCUUGAAGGUGCCAAAGCAGUCAUGAGGGCGGUAGAAGCGUCGUCAAAGAACGAAGCUGUCAUUCAACAAGCUCAGAACGAAGUCAGGGCGGCUCAAGCAUCGAUCAAAUUCUUGGAAGAUGAAUUGGCCAAACUUCAGAUGGGUUCAGGUAACAGUGGGACUGCAAGUCCGAUGAGACCCGGUGAAAGUUCACAAUCGCAUUUACCGAGUAGACAUCAGAUGACACCUUCACAAUCUGGUUCGAGUAAUAUGGGUUACCCCGGUGGACCACCGGUCAGUCCCAGUCCGAGUCAAAAGGGUUAUAAUGUAGAUAGAGAUAGACCUUUACCUCCUCCUCCUCCCGGUGCUGAUCAACCAGAAGUAAGAAAACCCGAACAGAAGAAUUACACUCAGCUAGAUCUGCAAAGAUACGACGCUCCUUUGACUGGCGCUAAGAUCACCAGGAUGUUGAAUCAACUUCAAUUCAAACUUCAGGUUGAAGAGCAGUACAAACUUGGUAUUGAGAAGAUGGCUCAAGCGUAUAGGAUCGAAGGGGAUAAGAGAUUGCGUGGAGAGACGGAUGCCAAGAGAGUGGAAAGUGAUGGCAAGAUCCAAUUGUUAAGGAAAGCAAAGAGGAGAUAUGAGACUUUGGCCAAGUUCGGUGGAGCCGUGGAGGACGAUGAAGAUCUACUGCCCGACGGGAUGAAACGAAAGGAUGCUCUUCGUAAACCCAUUUCCGGUAAACUCGUCGUCUCUCUCAGAUCAGCUAGAGAUCUGAAUCAUCGACCAUUACCACGUAAAUCCUCCAAAGUCUACAACGAAACGACAGUAGUGAUCAAGAUAGAAGGAAACGAAAGAGCCGUAUCGCAUCCUUCAAGAGUUGACAAAUGGCAUGAAGAUUUCGAGAUAUAUGUCGAUAAAGCCAAUGAAGUUGAAGUGACGAUAUACGAUUCGGUCGCUCCUGGUGAUUCGGCACCAGUCGGUAUGCUGUGGUUCACCGUCAGUGAUUUGUUGGAAGCUUUGAGAAGACAAAAGGUCGGAAUUGAAACUCAAGGAGCUGGAUGGGUUACGGCUGCCGCUGCUGCCACGCUAGGUCCGAGGUCUGGUGCUGCACCUGACUCGGUCACCUUGCAUAGUGCUGGUACGAUCAGAGGCAGACCCCCUGGAGCGGAUGGUAAAGUACCGGAGGGUAUAGAAGGAUGGUGGUCUGUUGAACCUGCUGGUGCUAUUUCAUUGAAACUGGACUUUGUCAAGGACAAUGCUGGCGGACAACGAAGACCUUACGAAGCUCUUGGACGAGCUGGUGCCGUCAGAAAGAGAAAGGGCGAUGUGUACGAGAUGAACGGACACAAAUUCGUACAAAGGCAAUUCUACCAACCCAUCAUGUGUGCUUUGUGUCAAGAAUUCUUGCUCACAGGUGAAGGAUACCAAUGUGAGGAUUGUCGUUACGCCUGUCACAAGAAAUGUUACCCAAAGGUGGUCACCAAAUGUAUCAGCAAAUCUCAUGCGGAUGCCGAGGGAGACGAAGAGAAGAUCAAUCACCGUAUACCUCAUCGAUUCACACCUUACACCAACAUCACUGCGAAUUGGUGUUGUCAUUGUGGUUAUAUGUUACCAUUUGGUCGAAAGAAUUCUGUCAAAUGUUCAGAAUGCUCACUCACCUGUCAUCAAACAUGUUCGCACCUUGUUCCCGAUUUCUGCGGUAUGACAAUGGAGAUGGCCAAUAUACUAUUGAAGAACCUCAGAGAUAUCAAGACUACGCAAGUUCACAAGAAACCUGUCCCUUCCGUUUCGUCAUCAGCUUCUUCCGUAUCGACCCUACCAUCAUACCAUACUCAAGAGCGAAUCGGUGCACCUCAGCUACCUCCAAUACCGCAACAACCACCUGUACAGGCUCCCGCUCCGGCCAGACCCCCUCCAGGUGCCUAUGAUCCCAGGUAUGGUCCUCCACCUCAACAAGCUCCUGCUCCUCCGCAACAACAGCAACCUCCCGCUCAGCAACAGCCUUACCCUCCACAGGGCGGUUAUGACAACCUUAGACCCUCAGGCGGUAGACCUAUGCCUCAGGCUCCGGCUCAACCUCAGCAGAGAAUGAGCUAUGGUGAUCAACGAACGCAAGAAGGUUAUGCGCAGAUGCCAUCUGUCCAACCUUCACCUAGACCUGAACCGCCUCGAUCAUACGCACCUUCCCCUGCUCCACCUCAAGCACAACUACAACCUCAAGCGCCACAACAGAAAAUGGUAUCGCGGCCUUCACAGCAACAGUUGGCUCGAGCACGCAAAGUUGGUCUCGACGACUUCAACUUCCUUGCUGUGUUGGGUAAAGGUAACUUCGGUAAAGUUAUGCUGGCCGAGGAAAAGACAUCAAGCAAUUUGUAUGCCAUCAAGGUGUUAAAGAAGGAGUUUAUCAUUGAAAAUGAUGAGGUUGAGAGUACUCAAUCCGAAAAGAGAGUGUUCCUCGCCGCAGCUCAAGAAAGACAUCCAUUCUUGUUAGGUCUCCAUUCAUGUUUCCAGACCGAAACUCGAGUCUACUUCGUCAUGGAAUAUGUAUCUGGAGGAGAUCUGAUGUUGCACAUCCAAAAGAAACAAUUCACCUUACGUCAAGCUAAAUUCUACGCAUGUGAAGUAUUACUGGCAUUACAAUACUUCCAUUCAAAGGGAAUCAUCUAUAGGGAUCUGAAAUUGGAUAAUAUCCUCUUGACGUUAGAUGGACAUGUUAAAGUGGCGGAUUACGGUCUGUGUAAAGAAGAUAUGUGGUAUGGAAAGACGACCAGCACGUUCUGUGGUACACCCGAAUUUAUGGCCCCAGAGAUCCUCCUCGAACAGAGAUAUGGCCGAGCGGUGGAUUGGUGGGCUUUCGGUGUGUUGACAUACGAGAUGUUACUUGGUCAAUCACCUUUCCGAGGUGAUGAUGAGGAUGAAAUCUUCGAUGCUAUCUUGGAGGAUGAACCUCUUUAUCCUAUCACCAUGCCUAGAGACGCAGUUUCAUUAUUGCAACGGCUCCUCACUAGAGAUCCCACACGCAGAUUAGGAGCAGGUGAGGCCGAUGCGGACGAUAUCAAACGACACUUGUUCUUCAAAGAUGUGAACUUUGACGAUGUCUACCACAAGAGAAUACCACCACCUUACUUCCCUACUAUCGGAAAUGCGACUGAUACCAGUAAUUUCGAUCAAGAGUUCACAAGGGAACAACCUACUUUGACUCCUGUGCAUACUCAAUUGAGUGCUCAGGACCAACAGGAAUUCGCUGGAUUCUCAUGGAUCGCACCAUGGGCGGCUGCUCAAGCGUAA